AAAAAACCAUUUCCGCACCGUAUCCAAAUUUUUACUCCAACACCCGAAAAUUCUUCAUGGAAGUCUUGCCCUUUUUUAAAAUAAAAAAAAUUCCAAUAGAUAAACCAAGCAAUUUCACCCUAGAACUAGAAAGCACCCUGAAAACAAUUUCACCCUAGAAUAGAAAUCACCCUCGGCGCAGUUUACAUUUUCAUGCAUUUGUCUUGUUCACCUUAAACCAUCGUUUCACUCUUGUCAACUGAGAAAUACAGAGUGAAGAACAUGGCUGAAAGCUCUUCAGCUUCUGCUGCGACUCCACCGAAACCCGUUGUGGUUAGGGUCAAACGAAAACCCUCUCAAUCUCCACUUGAUGCUUUCUGGUUGGAAAUCAAUGAGAGACCAUUCAAUCGCCCUCUUCAGCAUUUUGCAAAUCUAUCAAUCACCGAUUCUGCUCCAAAUGGUCCUUGGUUUUGUCAUGGCAAUGUAGGGUUGGAAAUCAAUGAGAGACCAUUGAAACGCCCUCUUCAGGAUUUUGCAAAUCUAUCAAUCUCUGAUUCUGCUCUAAAUGGGUUGGAAAUCAAUGAGAGACCAUUGAAACGCCCGCUUCGGGAUUUUGCAAAUCUGUCAAUCUCUGAUUCUGCUCAAAAGGUGAAAUUUAAUAACAAGAAGGUUUUCAUGCAACAUGUGGAGACAAUAACCAGCUCUGAGGUCACCUUUGAUCUUGUGCAUUCCAUUGUGGAUUCUGGUUCAAGUCGGGCAUCUGAAUCAAAGUCAAAAACUGAGGAAAGGAGGAACUUCAUUAAAAAAGAUGAUUGUGCACGGAAGCAAGACCAGCUCUUAUUUAAAGCUAAACAAGAUAUAGAGUCUUUAGCAAAAGAUACUCGCUUUGAACAAAUAUGGAAGAGCAUGAAGGGAAACAAAGGGACAGAACAUGAAAAAGCAUUACUCGAAAUAUGCAACUUCUAUGAUAUUGUUCGUAUUGACAAUGAUGAGAAAAUUAAGGAGGUGCAACAGGAUGUUAUCUCCUUGGAGGAAAAAAUGCUUUUGUCAAGUUUCCUUCCUUUACUAAGAGACGCUGUUCCUAUUGCUGCUUCAGAGAUAGAAGAGACCUAUGUUUAUGACUUCUACACUGUGAAGGAUGAGAUGCACGUUGAAGAUUCUUCAUGUUCUUAUCCAUUAGUUCAAGUUGAUGAAGAAGAUUAUUAUGAUGGGCCAGAUGAGGAUCCAGUGAAUGAUUAUCCGGAUGAGGAUCUUGAACACCGUGCCGUUGCCAUAGAUGCAGAUGAUCCAGAUUUAGUUUUUGGGGAGGUUUUUGACGAAUAUGCAGGUGAUGAUGCUGAAGAUUGGAGUGAUGAUGCUGAAGAUUUAGAUUGUGGGGAGGUUUCUUACGAAUCUGCAGGUGAUGCAGAAGAUUGGAGUGAUGCUGCUGAAGAUUGUAGUGAUGAUGCUGAAGAUUUGAGCUGAUCUUACCGAUGAAGCUGACUUCAAAUCUAGUUUGGACAUAUUUUAAAUCGACAAUAGAAAACAAAAAAAAGUAAUUAGGGGCCUAAUCUAACCAAUUGUGCAGAGUAGAGUUGAGAUGUCAAUAUAUGUUAAUAUACAUCAUACAUGGUCGUCUAAUUUGAUAUGAUGAUAUUUUGAACCUAUUAUAGAUUAUUCAAAUUAAUAUAAGUUGAGAUAUAUGCUGAAUAUGCA